AUGCAGCCUCCAACUUGCACUGGCAUACGUAUUCGCUCUGUCCAAGACGCCCAUAUCCUCUUCCAUGCUGUUUAUCUUGAUGUCCUGCCCAUGGUCACCAGGCGCCUCGAUACUGAGGAGCGUCGUGCAGUACGGGCUGGGAACGUCUACAUCUGGGAAGAGCGAGGUCGCAACUCUGAAGCUACCGGAUUGGGAAUUGAGCGGUGGACGGAUGGUAUCCGAUGGAGCGCAUCUCGCGUACGCGACGAGUUUCUAUUGUAUCAUGAACGCGAACCUAAUGCGGACUAUGAGUUCACCGAUAGUGAGUUAGGCGCGAGUUUCCGUCUCGUCAAGCAAACGUACUCGGUUUUUGUCGAGACAAGUCAGGGUCGACGCAAGUGGCACCUUACUGCGUACUUUAUUCCCGGAUCCGUCAACCAGUUGCGUACUAUUGAUGACAUUCCUGCCCUAGCCAACAUCCGCCCUCCAGAAGGCAUGUACACCAGCGCGAAAAUGGGUAAAGGUCGAGCUCGUGGUGAGUACUACCCCACCGACAUCCAUAGC